AUGAAGGAUUCAAGUGCAACUAUAGAUAUUUUAUUCUUCAAAUUAGGAUCUAGUAAAAUCAAAUUCUGCGGCAAACGUGUAUUGUUUCAUGACACAACUUGUUUCAAAAGGGAAAAUAUUCGCAGCGCGGAAGGAUGGAAAAUUGUGGAUUCAAAUUAUAUAGAACAAAAAUACCAAAAUCUUUUGACCUUCCACAUUCUUCCAGUAAAAGCAAUGAGAGAAAGUAUGCAAAAUAUUUGGGAGCAUUGUGGGGAAGAUUGUGAUCUGGAAGCAACAAUGCAAAAAUGUGAGAAAAUGUUUGUUAAAUUUUCUAGUCAAGACUAUAAACUUCUGGUUCCUUUUAAUCCAAACAAAAAGACAACGACUAUAACUACAAAACAGACUACCGAAAAGCAACAAACAAAAACUUCAGAAGAAAUAACCAAAAAUCAAACUUUCGAUACUUCAACUGAAACUUCGAUAUUUCAACAAACCAUUGAGUCAACGAACUAUGAAGAGAAUAUUUCAAAAAUUAAAAGGAUUGCUAGUACGAAAUCUUCAGGAAGGAGCUUAACUUCCUUAAUGAUUGCUGCCUCUAUUCUUAUCUUGUAA